AUGGAGAUGAACUAUGAUGAAGUCGUUCUCCACCAGAUAGAGGAGGAGCUUGGAACCAAAAUUCUUCCCGGUACUGAGAUUAUGGCUGAUGUUGGCUCACACCAUUUCGUCAAGUCUUCGUCUAAAUCCAGUCGCGUAUUGGUGCCACAGCCCUCGCCUGAUAUUCAUGAUCCUCUUAACUGGAGCAGAUUUUGGAAGAUGUCCACGAUGGCCAUCGCAACAUUGACAACAUUCUGUCAGGGAUUGGGGCCUUUAGCCCUUGCACCAAUGAUGCCUCAGAUGGAAGCGAGCUUUGAUAGGAGUUUGGCCGACAUUGUCCAGUUUACUGGAGUUUGCAUCCUUGUACUGGGAUUCAGCAAUUUUAUCUGGGUUCCUAUUUCUACAUGCUUCGGUCGACGCCCUGUCCUUAUUUUCUCGACUCUGAUCUGUCUGGCCAGUAAUGUCUGGCGUGCUGUGGCACCUACCUAUGGGAGUUAUAUGGGCGCGUGUGUUUUGAAUGGUAUAGGCGCUGGUCCUGCUGAGACACUUCAGCCGCAGGUCAUUGCAGACAUCAUGUUUCUUCACGAGCGUGGUGCCUACAAUACGUUAUACUUCACCUUCUACUUUGGUUCUUUGAUGAUCGGUCCAAUCAUCGCAGGCUCCAUGGCAGACCACAUUGGUUGGCGCAGCUUCUUCUGGCUCAACGUCGGCUUGUUAGGCCUUUCACUCCUCCUGCUGAUCUUCGUUUUCCCGGAGACCAAGUGGCACCGCGUUCAUCCCGACGAAGUUAUCCAUGCAGAACAGCCCCCAUCCUCGGCCAGUUCUGACAAACCCGUCGAAUUCACACAAAAAGAGAAUGUGGAGGGAGAUCCCACAGAAGUCGAAGAGGGUGAUCACUCACAAGAUCCAUACUUGCACAAGGGCCAUCCUUCCAAAAAGCAAUUCCACCUUUGGCAAGCUGAGGGCGCCAGUUGGAAGGAUAUUCUUAUCAGCUUCUGGCUUCCAUGGAAGCUAUUGGCGUUUCCAAUUGUCGAGCUGUCUGCUUUUGUCGUUUCCUGGUCCGCCAGUUGCUUCCUGACGUUGAAUCUUACACAGAGUCAAGCAUUUGCUGAGCCUCCGUACAACUUCAGCAGUCAAACGAUCGGUUUCUUUAAUUUUGCAAUUCUCGUUGGGGCUGUGAUUGGCCUUUCUACCAAUGGGCCUUUUUCAGACUGGAUAUCGAUGCGAGCCACGCGAAAGAACAAGGGAAUCCGAGAGCCGGAGAUGCGACUCCCAGCAAUGGCGAUCUACGUGGCAAUUAUGAUUAUCGGGAACUUUGUCGUGGCUUUUGGCUACCAGUACAAAUGGGAUUGGCGGAUCAUUGUCAUCAUCGGGUACACCGCGGCUGGGCUUCAAGUUGCUGCCCUACCAGCCAUCGUCAGCACGUAUGCCGUCGAUAGUUACAAGCCUGUUGCUGGUUCCAUCUUUGUCGCAAUCACAGUUAAUAAGAAUCUGUGGGGUUAUGGAUUCAGUAAGUUUAUCACGACAUGGGUGUCAGACAGUGGAUUUGUGAAGCCUAUCAUGCUGAACAUGAGCUUGUGUACUCUGUGGUGUCUCUGCGCGAUCCCAUGUUACUUGUAUGGGAAGAAGUUCCGAGGGUGGACUGCAAAGUCUUGGGUUCACAAGAUGUAG